CUACAAUGGGCCGUUAAAAAUUAGCCUUAUGGCCCAUAAGUGAGCCCACCUCUAUAGACAUUGCCAAAAAUGCGUGACGUUUAAUCUUAUACAAACGGCGUGUAGUGCGGACCACAAUCGUCAACGUGGCAAAUCUUAACACGCGUGCACACGUGACACCGCAUCGUGUUUAUUAGGGUUUGUGAACAGUUGUCCGUUACUUGUUCCACAGAGGAAAUUAGAAUUGUUCCUUUUUUCUUUUUUUUUUCUCCGAUUAGUCUAAUUCUCGUCUCGCGUUUAUUAGGGUUUGGAUAAAGAAUGUUAGAUCAAUUCGUGAUUUCUCUGUUUUCUUCUGAAUUUGGAAGCAGCAAGUUUUGAAAAUUUGAGUUUUAAGAAGAGGAAUCUUUGGCUAUGGAGGUGAAUUCGAUGGGACAAAAUUGUCGGUGUCUUGAGUUAGAAGAAAGGGUUUUAAAAGGUGAAGAAAAGUACAUUGAGUUAGAAACAGAGUUGCAGAAACGAAACAAAGAGUUUGAGUCACUUGAAUUGAGGGUUAAAGAAUUGGAAUCGGAGAAGUUAGUAGUUGAAGAAGAGUUGAAGAAUCUUAAAGAAUCUGAGGAAGGUUCAUUGAUUGAUCAGAUUAUGGUGAACGCAGCGUUGGAGUUUGAGAAACAGGUGGCUGAGAAAGAACUUGAGGAUUGGAGAAUAAAGUUUGAGAAACUUGUGGAGACGGUUCGAAAGUUAGAUGAAAUUGGUGGGUUUAGAUAUGGAGAAUUGGAAUUGGAUGAGAAUGUGAAGUUAGGGUUGGAGUUAGCUAGGAUCAAGAAAACUGAAUCUUGUAAAGUGUAUAAUGAUGAUGCUCUGACUAGGGAAGGUUUAGGUUAUCAUCAAAGUUCAGGCUCACCUUGUAUGACCACACCGGUUAAAGACUAUAUCUUGGAGAGAGACAGAGACAGAGACAACAUGUCUUCUCGGAGACGAGUGAAUAAGAUGUUGUCGUUUAAAGAUGAUGGUCACGAAUUGACUGGUUUAGUUGAUUUAUGUGAUGGUGAAACAGAGGAGAGAAGUGAGAAGGAAUCUGCUGAUGUUAUGGAUACUUUAGAGGAAAGAAGUGUUGGUGAGAAUUAUGAAGAUGAAGAUGUGGAACCUUGUGAUGUUAACACAAGUACUCCUCUUUCGAGGCGUAAGAGGAAGCGGGUUAUUGCCAGCGAUGAAGAUGAUGAUGAUGAAGACAAUAUACCGAUUUCAAUACUCAAGAAUUUGAAACCAACUAACCAAGAGAUGUCAGAUUUGGUUGAUACAUCAAAUAAAGGAGAGAGUGAGUCCAGGAGAUUGAGUGGAAAGCGUCGAGUGUCGUCAAGACUGAAUAAACAGAGAGUUUUGGAAGAGAUAUCUGCUACAACAGAGAGACUUGUGGGAAUCCUGACAAGUGAUAAUGCGGCCGAUGAUGAGACAGAAGAAGAGUCAGAAAGCGAGAGUUUGGAUGGGUUUAUUGUUGAUGAUGAUAGUCAUGAGAGUGUCAGCAAAAAUUCUGAUGAAACCGGGGAAGAGGAAUCUGAUGGAGAACCUGGUUAUGCUGAAGUCAUGUCAAGAUUAAGGAGGGACAAGAAACCCGAGAACCGGAAAUGGGAAUAUGAGGCAGAUAUGCUGGCAGAUUUCGGUAAAGAUCCCGAGCUUUGUAUGAGAGCGGUUUGUGUUCUGUUCAGGUUUCAAACAGAAGAUGAAAAGGUGGGAAGAUCAAGUCAUGUCAGUAAUGGUCGCGGUUUCAGCAAGGUUGACGCUGAAAGGGGCACUAGCAUAGCCCUAUUUCUGACGGAUGGAGAUCCCGCUGGUGAUUUGAAGAAAUCGGUUGAGCAUUUGAAAAGUUUCAAGUUUGAAGACGUUAAGAAAUGCGAAAUAUUAGCAUGCAAAUACUCGAAACAACUCUUCGAGAUCUAUAACAACAGAGAAGAUCCAUUCUUUGCUAUUCCCCCAUCUCCAUGACUUGGAGGGUAAACGUCAUGAGGAACAUGUUCGUUAUAGUAUAAGUCAAUAGCUAGUUUAUGGUAAUGGUUUUUUUUUUGUUUUUUUUUUGGUAAACUUUAGUCUGGUUUGAGAUGAAAACCAGAGAUUAAUCUAAUGAAAUUAGAGACUGAAUUUACUUUUUGGGUGUAGAUGGAAGGAUGAUUUGGAUUAUGAUGAUGACUUAAACACAGUUUUGAAUAAUAUUAGUGAAAUGAUGAUCCCCAAGCUUA